UUGUUGGAGCAGUGCAGAGCUGCGAUUGUUGUUUUCUGCUUAUCCCUUUACUCCAACACAUUCACCACACCACCCCUCCUUCCCAGCACCUUUUUGUGGGUCAGUGAUGCAGCGGGAGUGACGCAGCAGUGGCAGCAGCCUCCAGAAGGCAACUUUACACAGCAGGAUCAAGGGAUAUCUGCCAGGACCACAAUCCACAGACAGCAGUGACGAGGGAUGAUGGUAAAGGCCUGAUCUAGGCCAAAGGAAGAACAGGAGCCGGGUAUUCGCUUUCCACUGCUCCUCCUAAACAAACACCACAGAGACUUCCACAGCGGCAGGGACAGGCCUGACAAGACUUUCCACACGGAAACAUUUUGAUUCUAUUCUGAUGAAUGUUGUGUCUUUUGGCUGCUCUUAAAAGACCCAGCUUCCAGGUAUACACGGUGCGGUAGAGGAGGAGAUACUGUGUGAAAUUGUUUCCUGUUCGCCAUGCAUCACUUUCUCUGAUUUACUAAGAUGACUGUGGUCUUCCCGUACAUUAGAACCUGAUGGAUAACACACACCCUUACACUGUACUAAGCAAGCUCAAUGAGCAGCGCUCACAAGGCCUCUUCUGUGAUGUUACUAUUGUGGUGGAGGAUGUAAAAUUUCGGGCCCACAAGAACAUCCUAGCAGCCUGCAGCAGGUACUUCAGGAGCGCUCUGACUACCUCUGACACAUGGAGCUCCAGCCAAGUACUGGAGCUUAUGGACCUAAAGUCAGAGGUUUUUGCCAGUAUCCUCAACUUUAUAUACUGCUCAAAGCUGACAUCACCCAGUGCUGAGGACACAGGGGGCCUUGUAGCAGCGGGCAAAAGACUUGGAAUUCCUUUUUUAGAAAGGCUUGCAGAAGAAGCGAACCGAGAUGAAUGCAUUAAAUCUUCAGACUCAUGUGCUGCCCUAGUGUGUAAAAAAACAAAGAGGGAAGCUUUAAGGCCUGAGGAGAUAGACACUGCAAGAGGACCUCGCAUUACUAACGCCUUCUCUAUCACUGAAGUAUGUCCUGGGAACAAUCCUUUCACCCCUCUGGUUCAAACAGAUAAGGACAGACAGUCGCCAGAUGUGGGACAACUCCCAACAAGUUGUCCCACAACGUCCUGUCUCAAAGGGAGCAACGAGACGACCCACGCCAUUUCAGAACACUCAUAUGCAGUAAGCAAAUCCACUGAAGGCAAAGAAAGCAGUCAGGGGGAUAACAAGAAGGUCUGUAAGCCAGCUGUGUCACAGUCAAAGCAAUUCAUUUACAGGAAUACAGGCCCACUCAAAAAGCGACAUAAACUGAGAGGCAUUUUGGGUAGAAGUAUACUUCCUAUGCCAGCAGAACUACAAACAGAUAAACCAAACAUGGUAAAGUCUGCGAUUAGCGAUGAUGUCAUUGCAGCACCUGAAACCAAGAUGACACCACCUCCACUUUUUUCAGAGGCAGAAACAGAGAACAAAAUGAAUACAGGGUUACCCACAGCCAGUGACAGCUCUCAGAUGGAGUUAGGUCCACCGCCCCUUUCACCUCACCCAGAGGACAGCAUUUCAAUCUACAGCUGUGAGCUCUGUCCAGAGAUAUUUUCAAAUAAAGCUCUUCUCACCAUUCACUCAGAAUUACAUAAAAAGCGCUUUGUUAGUCACUUGUUCUGCAAGUUUUGUCACAGAAAAUUCAUUCACCUCAAACGGCUUCGGAACCACGAACAGAUGUGUCCAAAGGCUGUAAGAGACCCGCCUAAACUAGAUGCCAGGGAUAUUUCAGGCAAAGAGGUGGACCACUGUACAGAUGACAGAUCAGACAUCACGAGCACUGUGACACAGCUUCCCUCAGCCGACCUCUCCAGUCCUUACACACCAGAGUCCAUUCAUUUGGACCAACCAGAGCCUCAAGAGAGUGAGAAGACAGUCAGGCCAGGGGGUAGUCAGAGAAGAUACAACUGCAGCAUGUGCAAACGGGUCUAUGUCACCUUAUCCAGCUUAAAACGGCACGAGAAUGUACAUUCCUGGCAGAGAGCCUACCCCUGUCAUUAUUGUAACAAAGUGUUUGCGUUGGCAGAGUAUCGCACUAAGCACGAAAUCUGGCACACAGGUGAACGCCGUUAUCAGUGCAUUUUCUGCCUGGAGACAUUCAUGACGUAUUAUAUCCUGAAGAACCACCAAAAGUCUUUUCACGGCAUUGAUCCUAGUCUAGCUGUUAAGAAGAAAUCUGCCAACGGAGGAGUGAAAGCCAGUGUUUAUCCAAUCAAGCUUUACAGGCUGCUCCCCAUGAAGUUCAGAAAGAGACAAUACAAGACAUACAGUCAUACGUACUCAGAUAGGGUUGAAAGAGGUGAUCCAUCUUCACUGGAGAGCAAUUCACUUAUCCCUCCAUUUGAGCAUAAUGCUCUGAUCAGCCAUUCUGACACAACUUCAUUCCCCCUGACAUUCAUGGCAACGACAAAGAUGGUUUCUCCUGUCAUGCCUCGUAUAUGCAUUGACAAGCUGCCAAACAUAGACCAAAGUCUGAACAGUGAAUUGGAAAUUCGUGGAAGCAAAGGAAAAGAGGCUGAAAUUCCACACACUGAUAACUGUGACAGUAUUUUCUCAGAGUCUCCUGCAGGUUACAAAGAGGAUCCAUCAAUGCAAAUCAACUCAGAGCACAUUAGUCAUAACCUUCCAUUCUUAAACUCAAUGAACACUGUUAAGAAAUUAGGAGAGCUGUCAGCUUCUGCAAAAAUAGUCGAGGAUAUGACCAAGAAGAUACUCCAAUCGAGCACUGAGAACCUGGUACACAAUAAAGCAGUAGGAGAGAAAACAGAGACGUAUAUCGCCAAGCCUGCGUGCCAGGGUCCAUCUGUGGACAAUGAUGCAAUACCGCUAUGUCAGAUAACAGUGAAAAUAGGCAAUGAAGCCAUCAUCCGCCGCCAAUUCAAAGGAUCAAAGCUCUUCCCAAGGAAGAAAAAGAGGAUCAGAGAACUGGGUGAGGAACAGAGCUCAAGUCAGUGUCCUCCAACAAAGGCAAACUCAGAGAGUCCCAGGCUUCGCCUCCGACCAGAAGUAUCUGCCUCCAAACAACCGGAGACGUGCAAUGACAACAAUGACUGUGACAAGGCUGAUCAGCUUUGGCGUCCCUACUAUUCAUAUAAAGCCAAAAAGAAAAGAAAGAAGCUUAGAAACAAACACAGAAAAGCUAUGUUUCGCCAGUAUCCUCAUUUAUUUGCAGACAGAUCUGCUGCCAGUGAGGCCCACCUUGAUAUAUCUAGUUUUCUGACAGAAGAGAGCAUCUCAGGUGGCAGCGCAGGGCUAAAACACAGUCUUAGCAGGAACUGCAGCCCGAGGGCCGCCUAUAACUGUGACAUCUGUGACAGCUCCUUUAUCACAGAGACUGGUCUGAGAGCUCAUAUUAUUGGUUCUCAUCCCUAUUUUUGCCGGACCUGUGGUAAACAAGGUCCCCCAGGUGAAGCACCUACUGGUGGCGAUUACAUCUGCAACAGCUGCAUGGAAAAUGGCUCCUGCUUUGAUGAUACCCCCCGGAGCCCCAACCCAGAGAAGAAAUACCGUUGCUCCUUCUGUCCCCAGCGUUUUCUCUACCUUGCCACCAAGAGAAGCCAUGAGAAAAAACACCAGGAGACAAAUGAGGAGGGUAUUAAAUACGACACCUUCACACCAUGUUCUAAAUACCCAACACAUCUAAGUGAAGACAACAAAAAUGAAACCAAUAAAACAGAGGACAGUAACAGUCAAGGGGCUGCUGACAUAAAACGUGAAAGCACGAAAGGAGAACAUUGUCCCACCAACAGGAGCACACUAAAAAUUGAGGAUACGAUUGACACCUACCAAGAUAUGCCAUAUUCUAACAUCAAAAGUCCAUUAUUGCCCGAUGCUGACUCAAUGUUUCCCCUGGCAUCCUCAAAGGUGAAACAGAAAGUAGCUAAAAAGAGGAUAAAUCCACAGCAUACUAUGCAUCUCAUUUCAAAAAAGCAAACCAGUGAUGGAGAGAUUGAUAGCAACAAGAAUAAUUUAAUAGGACCAAGAUUAAACAGUCGCAAUGAUCAGGAGAAAUCCUGCAAACUCUUCAGAAGAAAUGACUCUGAACCCAACGAUAUGCACAUUUCUAUACACAAGCCCGAGAAAUGGGUUUGCAAAGAGGAGCCCUUUUUUUAAAGGUCUCUGAAGACUAUGACCAACUGAGGGAAAAGAAGAAAGUUAAUGACAAGAAACUGCUUUUUUUGUUGGGGAAUCACAAGAUCUGUAAUGUUAUCUUUGCAGAAAAGUGACGUUAAAUAUGAGAAUUUAACAUCUGUGUAAUUUUUUCCCUCCUGAACCAAACAACUCAGUGAUGUUCUUUUCUUGUUUUUAACCUUUAUAGAGGAUAUUUUUUGGAUAAUAUAGGACCUCCUGACACAAACUGUACUUGUUCUUUGUCUAUGCAUGUAAAGCAGAGUCAGUUUCUUCAAACGCUGUGCAAUAUCAGAUCAGCAUUUGCUGUGGGUCAGACAGCAGAAAAACUGCCCAGCGUGGUUUCAUGAUCACUUUCUUACCACAGGUUUGAGCUAAACAAUAUGGAUUCUACUGUUGUCACAUUUCUAAAUCUGGGCUUGGUGAGCUGCACUUUAUAAGUAGACUAUACUGAUUUGUUCUUUAAUACUUUGAUCAUUCAAUUUAAAUUCUAAGCAACAUUGAUAUUAUGUUAAUUUCUAAUGAAUACACAGAACCACUGAAAUUAAAGUUACUUCUUUUGUGUGUUUAAUAUGCAUAAAACAUGUAAAAUAAAUAUUGCUGAUAUUAUGAGCAAUUUAAUCCUGUCCCCCUUUAGCACUCAACUGAAAGACAACAAUCAUUUCAAAGUAUCCUGACCAGCAAAUCAAGCUGAUGCUUAAACUCUUGAGACUCAUUGAAAAAGACCCAACUGUAGAAACAUCAUCAAUUACAAAUGCUGACUAUUUUUAAGUAGAACACUUAAUAACAAGACUUAACCAUUCAUAUUGGUGCAGAACCUGUUCCACAGCUAACAUGUUCCUGCUCCUCCUGGGCCUUCAGGGACCUGCAGUCCAGCUGAAAAGUUCAUUCCCUCCUUCCACACAAAGUGCAUCUGCGUUCAGCCUCAACACACAAUUUCCAGAUGUUUCUAAAUUCUUUGCUUCUUCCUAAGACUACGUUUGCAGUGCAUCAGAAGGAUCACACAUUUUACCCAGAAGUUACUGCACAACUCACCAAUUGUGUCAUAGAGGAAACAUUUCCCCCCUAAUUCCAUUCUAAUCUGCCAUUUAAUGGCUAUUAUAUUUUUUAACACAAACAGCAAUAGUUUGUGUCUUGUUAUUGAUGCUUUUCAAGGUCACAUGUAAGCAAAGCUACUCCAUGUUCUUAUCUGUUAAAGUUUGAUAACUUUGAGAUAAUCAUUAUAAGAAAAAAGAAUAAGAUGCAUUACCUUUUAUAAGAAGAACACAUCAUUAUUUAUUGCAUACCUGACUUUCUUUCAGGUUCACUGCUGCUAUCAGUAAAGAAGAUUAGACCCAGCCAAAAGAAGCACCACCUUGAAAGAGAGGGAGGAAAAAGAAUCUUAGUGUGUUCAUCCAGUGGAUAUAUUGGGAUGUGAUUAAAUAAAUAUGGUAUUUUC